CAUCUCUGCAGUUUGCGAGUGAUAGAAAACGUCUGAGCUGUUGGCGAUUUACGCAUCAUCGUUCUUAAGAACGAUUUUAGGCUCUUGAAAAUCCUCUCCUUGUUGCCAUAAGUAGAAAAUUAUUCUACAAACCAUGGGCAACAUUCUCUGUCAACCGUAUAUGGCUGCCAUGGUAGCUGUAAGUAUUGUUUGGUGGUACGGACUGUUCUGCAAACGUCCCGUAGAGAUGCAAGGAUAUACCACCCCGCGUUUUGAUGCUGUUCGGAAGUUAUUUAGGAAAACGUUACGCACCGAGAACGAGGGUCUUGCCUUAGCAGUCCUUCACAAAGGAGAGUUAGUGGUGAACCUGUACGGAGGCUAUGCUGACAGAAGUACUGAGAGACUAUGGAGGCAUGAUACUCAAACGAUAGCAUUUUCAAUAACGAAGAUAUGGGCUGGAUUGAUAUCAGCAAUACUAGCUACGAGAGGAUUGCUCGACUACGAGAAAAAGGUAUCCUCAUUUUGGCCGAAGUUUGGUCGUCAUGGCAAAGAAAAUAUCACAGUCAGAGAUGUGCUAGAUCAUAAGGCUGGUCUGAUCACAUUUGGACGCGAAUUUUGCGUUGAUGAGGCGAGAAAUUCUGAGCUAAUCUCUACACUGAUUGAAGAAGCAGAACCUUUGUGGGAACCAGGCACAAAACGGGGCUACCAUGCGCUUUCCUAUGGAUUUCUAGUAGAUGAAAUGCUGAAACGUCUACAUCCAGAAAAACACAGCAUCUCAGAAAUAUUCGAGGAGGAAAUAUGGAGGCAAGAAAUAACCUUCCACAUUGGUAGACGACCAUCAACGAGUCAACAUUCAUUAGCAGUGAUAACAAAUGCACCAGCAUGGAAGUCGAUACUCUCCUACCUACGAAGACCAUUGAGAUUUGCUCAUUUGGUAUGGAACCACUACAAAUACGAUGUUGAUUUGAAGUCAGCAAACUACCCAUACUUUCUUGCAAUUAUGAGGAGGGACAUCAUGCCCUACAACGACGCAUCUGUGACCGAGUUGCCACUGAUGAGUGUGAUGGGAGUUGGAACUGCGGAAGGAUUCGCAAGGGCGAUUCACGAAGUUUUCAAGAAGAGACUGAUCUCUGAUGAAGUCUGGAAUCUCGUAAAAUCACCUACUGGCGCAGAUGAAGAUAUCGUUUUGUCAAAUAACAAGCCCUAUGGGCAUGGUUUUUCGUACGCGCCGCAUCCCAUUCACAAAAAGGAAUGGACAAUACGAUUUAUCGGAAAUGGGCUACAAGUGGUAGAGGUAGACAGAAGAGAUGAGAUCAUUAUCGUUAUGCUUCGGAACGGACUUCGAGCCGGAGAUGACGGCGAACAAGAAUAUGAGCAAAUUGCGGAGACUGUGAUGAAGCUUGCACAGUGAGCUUUCAUUGAGGUCAACAAUUGAUAAGGAUUAGGAC